AUGCAACCCGAAAAAAUACCCAAUGUUUCCAAUACUUUGGUUGUUAUUCCAACACCUACUUUCACCGAUAUUCUUCAGUUAUCGACGCCAGCCUAUUCCAUUCUUGCCUGUUCAACUCUUGUUGUUGACCGAGAACUUGGACUGGUGAAUAUGAUGAUUGGAAUCGAGCAAGAAAACCAAUACUCGAUCAAAGAUUCAGUCGGAAAUGACAUUGGAUCCAUUGUUGAAAAAAGCUUUUCGGUAAAGGAUAGGAUUGUAAAACAGAUACUACGAACCCAGAGCCCUUUCAAGGCAGAUGUUUUAAACUCGUAUGGAGACGUGGUGCUCAAAAUUGAACGACCCACAAAGUGGCUUUUGAAUAGCACAAUCACAGUGACAGAAUGCAAUGGUAAUCUGAUUGGCAAAGUAAAACAAAAAUGGCAUCUUUAUAGAAGAAGAUACGAGCUUGUUCAACAUAAGAAACCGUUUGCAAAAAUCAAUGGCAAGCCUUGGACACGAAACUUUGGUAUCGAGAACGAGAGUGGUGGCAAACUGGGUUUAAUCACUCGGAGCUUUUCUGGAGUUAUUCGAGAGCUGUUUACCAAUAUAGGAGUGUAUUCCAUAUAUAUGGACGGAACGCCUGAUUUAGCACGACCACUGACUCUUGAUGAACGAGCAAUAAUGCUAGCAGCAGCCAUCUGUAUUGAUAUUGAUUAUUUUUCUCAAAUAAUCAGAAUUGGAUAG